CCCGGGCGCCGAGUGCGCCCCUCCCGGGGCCCGCCCGAGCUCCGAGCGGAGUGCGCUGGCUGCGCGGCGGCGGGGCGUUCUCGGCGUGCCCGGCCCGGGGCGACCAGGAUCGUUGGUCGCGUGCGAGGAGGAGCUGCAGCGCCGCUAGGAAGAAUGGAGCUGGCGACUCGCUGCCAGAUCCCUAAGGAAGUGGCUGACAUCUUUAACGCCCCCAGUGAUGAUGAAGAGUUCGUGGGCUUCCGAGAUGAUGUUCCCAUGGAAACUCUCUCAUCAGAGGAGAGCUGUGAUAGUUUUGACUCACUGGUGUCAGGGAAACAGCAGGAUGUGCGUUUCCAUUCCAAAUACUUCACAGAAGAGCUAAGACGGAUUUUUAUAGAGGAUACAGACUCAGAGUCAGAAGAUUUUGAAGGAUUUACGCAGAGUGACCUGAAUGUGAAGAGUAACCCAGAAGUAAUGCUCGUGGAGUCAGAUUUGAGUGAUGACAGCAAAACUUCUUUGAGUGAGGAAGAGGAAGAUGAAGAAGAAGAACAGGCAACCCCCAAAAGAAGGAGGUCUACAAGAAGCAGUAUUGGUCUUCGAGUAGCCUUCCAAUUCCCCACCAAGAAGCUGGCAAAAAAGUCAGAUAAAAACGGUUCUUCUGAGCAGUUGUUUUCUAGCUCAUGCUUACAGAAUGAUAAAAAAACAAUUCUGGAAAGAAAGAAAAGCCGUAGACAGGGGACGGAAGAGGAAGAUUCUGCCUCUGAGUCUGAGGACGAUUCUAGGGAUGAGAGCCAGGAGAGUUCGAAUGCUCUGCUGAAAAGGACCAUGAACAUCAAGGAGAAUAAAGCCAUGCUUGCUCAGUUGUUGGCGGAAUUGAACUCCAUGCCAGAUUUCUUCCCAGUACGCACCCCGACCUCGGCUUCUAAGAAGAAAACAGUGCGGCGGGCCUUCUCCGAAGGAGAGAUCACACGGCGUAUGAACCCAACCCGGAGUGCGCGACCUCCUGAGAAGUUUGCUCUAGAGAACUUCACUGUCUCGGCCUCCAAAUUUGCAGAAGAGUUUUACAGUUUCAGAAGAAGGAAGACAAUUAGCGGGGGAAAAUGCCGGGAGUAUAGGCGACGUCGCCGCAUGUCUUCUUUUCGGCCCGUGGAAGAUAUCACUGAAGAGGACUUAGAAAAUGUUGCCAUAACUGUUCGCGAUAAAAUCUAUGACAAAGUUCUGGGCAACACGUGCCAUCAGUGUCGGCAGAAGACAAUUGACACCAAGACGGUGUGUCGGAACCAGAGCUGCGGUGGUGUGCGAGGACAGUUCUGUGGGCCGUGCCUGCGGAACCGCUAUGGGGAGGACGUGAGGUCGGCGCUGCUGGACCCGGACUGGAUGUGUCCUCCCUGCCGUGGGAUCUGCAAUUGCAGUUACUGUCGGAAGCGUGAUGGCCGCUGUGCCACAGGAAUUCUCAUCCAUCUGGCUAAGUUCUAUGGUUACAACAACGUUAAGGAGUAUCUGGAGAGCUUACAGAAGCAGCUGGUAGAAGACAAUUAAGAGAAGAACCAGCCAGCUCACCAUAGAGUACUUCACCAAGACUUGCAUACCAUUUGUGCCUAAGAUUUUUUACAGUUGUGAUUUUUAUACAGAAAUUCUUUGUGGGAGUUUACUGUUUCUAAAUACUAUUUUUAAAAAAAAGAUUGUUUAUAUGCUUAAAAUGAUUUCUCAGGAAGACAGCAAAGCAGAGGAAUCGACAUGUAUACACAGACCUGUUUGGAUACUGAAUUGUUAAAAGUAUCUGCUGAUGAUUAAAAAGCACAGUUUAAAUGGGGCGGAGUUAAAGUUCAGGUAAGUUAGAGAGAGGACAUUGUAUAAGCAACUCUUGCCUUUGACACUGUUUAAUUAUCUAUGUUGUCUUGAUCUUUUACUUCCCAGUCACUCCAGGCCAAGUUUUUACCAGGGUAAAACUCAGUAGAUACCCUUUAGUUUGCCUUAUCAUGG